CACCAGCAUAGUAGGCCGUCUGAUAAAUUUUGUCGGUCUUUGCGCUCCUCACUGCUCAUAUCGGCGAGCUUUUAAGCAUAGACCAUCAAGCAUAAAAACAUUUGGUAAUCUGUAUGGCCGGAAAUAGCUUGCUACUAAAUCACAGCCUGACUUGGACGCAAUAUGGCUGUUGUGUAUCAUCGUCUAACUUGAUUUGGUUAACAAUAAUUUUCUUCAUAUUCACCGUUAUCUCAUGCAUGUUUUGUUGCGCAGUAUUGGCUUUUGUGCGUUGGAUGUACAGACGUAGGAUUCGCAGUAAAUCGGAAAGCUUGCAAAAGCGUUAUGAGCAGGAAGGAAAAUCAAGGAAAGAGCUUGAAUUCAAGUUGAAAGAAAUAGCAAUGAGACCAACACAUGGGCAUCAUCAUCAUCUACUGGAACGUCCAAAGGAUUCAGAAAGCAAAGAUUCAUCGCUGCAACAAUUUGCAUUGAGCAAAAGUAACAUUGCUAACCAUCAGAAGUUUUUGACAAACAUUACACAAAAUACUGCGUACUUCUCUAUUCCGAAAGCUCCAGUUGCAACACAGAAGUACAAGCUGUUUACGGGAAACACUCCACUGACCUCGAAAACAUCAUCAGAAUUGUCUCCCACACAAGGACUCCGCCUCUUCACAGGAACAACACCGUUACCUUCUAGUAGAGCCGAACCUACUCGACCUAGUACAACUUAUCUUACUGCUGGAACAAAAACAAUUCCUUUGUCGGUUUCGUCAAGCACUGGAAUUUACGCGCGUUCCUCUUCGCCUUCUACUAAAGUGGAAGCAAUCCACAUGGAACCACGUGACGUGGCUGCCACCACUCACGCAAUUGCUAUGGGGAGAUUGCAAAAGGAAGAGACUCGCCCUCCCUUCCCGAGCAUUGUGCUUUUGAAUAAAGAUGAAAGACCACGUGGUCAGUGCCCUUUGGAAAAGGCUUUUGUGAUACCGAGUCGAAGUGAGACUUUGGUAUCAUCAGGCGACAAAAGAUCAACCACAGGAAGCGUUCAUACAAGCAGCAAGGAGCCUGUAGAAAAAAGUCCGGUACCCUCAAGAACUGCUAUUACUGCUCAUGGUUAUGUGCUGCAUUCGCUUAUGAACGAGCUAAGCGCAAGUCCAGUGGUGUCAAAUGAAAAAAUGGACAACGUGCCUUCUGACAUCAUCGAAAGAAAAGUUAUAAGACUGAGGAGGUCAAGUGAUGAGGCUUCUCCGAAAGAUGAUGAAAAGAAGCGAAAGAGGAAGCGUAAAUCAACGAGGGAACAACCGCCUAAUGUGCCAGAAGUCAAUCCUCCUCCGCCAGCAUCAGCAUUCUUUCCUUACUGGAGCGGAUUUAGACAGACAAUUGCGAAAAUUGAACCGAUGUCCUCCACUUCGGGUAAGCCUUCUGUUUCGAAAGUUGAAACAUCGGAGACAACUAAAUGGGAGCCACAGAAGUCCGGUAGAAGCCCUAAAAAGCGUAGUGCCAGCUCUCAACCUGGUAGUACGUCCAAGAUUAAAUCAACUCGACAAUCGUCUGCAUCUCUUGAGGCACCCCUGAAUGUGUAUGAGUUGCGGCUAAGAGCCGAAAAGGCCAAAGCUGCGCAAAUUGCAAAACGGAUGCAAGAGGUCGAAAAACCAGCGGAGACUCAGGGCGGAGCGCACUUGAAAGAAAAUGUACUUGAUUCGAAGAGAUUGCUACCAUCAAGACCAGAUUUUCGGCAGUCAGAUGACAGACCUUUGUAUUGAAAGAAGGUUUGCACCAAAUUUUACAGUCUCGGUUUUCAUCAGUUUAAUAGAUGUUGAAGUUACGAUAGC